AUGACCAAGUCUCCUGACCAAUCGACCCACCCCAGCGACCUCUGUCAAGGAAUCCCUCAUCUGAGGUCGUUCAGACUCACUUCUCAAGGCAAGUUCGACAUCGAGCCAGGGAAAGGAGGUCCUCAGGACGAUGCCGCCAGGGCCGCCCUAGCCAACCGUAUCACUCAACUUGCUCUGCGAUCCUGCGGACUGAAGUACCCUUCCCAUAUGCCCAACGUCCUGACUUCAUUGUCCCUCAACAUCCCCCUUCGUCAGCCCUAUGUGGAUUUCCGUAGCAUGCUUCUUUCCACGAGCGCCCUGAAAACUCUCAUUCUGGUGGAAUCUCUCCCUUGGCUACUCCCCGGCUCCGCUCUUCCCCCGAUGGUACAGUCUCCAACGUGCGGUGCCAAGAUUCAAGACCUCCCUGCCUUGAAGUUGCCCACAAACCGGGAUAAUUGCCACGCCUACCCAUUAAGCCUCCCUAGGACUCUUCGGGAACUCAUCGUCCACGACCGAGGACUUUACUGCAUCCCGUUCUUCGCCGCCAUCGACUGCCGACUUUCUAAGCUGGAAAUACAAUGCAAAGCCGACGGUUUCAAUCCGCUGUCUUUGUUUCAGAAUGCUGCACGCUUGCUCCUUCCAAUGCCCAAGAGCCCCUUCAGCGAGUUAUUGGUACGUUCGAAGACCGACCAAUUCAUCGUCCAGUGCUCGCGCUCUCGCCCUUCGCGUAGCUACAGUCCUAUGAGGGGUCGUGUCUCCAAACCGGUGCUCUCUAUUGCUGUCGGUUUCGACGACGACAAUGCCGAGUCUCCCAUAUCUGCGGUCUACGACGAGAUCCUCGCUAUGGCGGUGCGAGCUCUACCUCUCGCGGCAGUCCGCCGUCUCUGCGCCGACUUCCACAUGAAUUUCAAAGCCGUCUGGUUUCGUGGACUCUAUCAUUACCUACGGGACCUCCAGAGCAUCACCUUGCGCCAGGGCGCUAUCGACGGGUUCGUGCAAACCCACCUCUGGAUGGCGCAGAACGACAUCCUGGUGCAGGUGAUUCCCUUCACAAGCCUGCAGAGCGUGUUUGCGGACUGGGACAGCCGAUGGCCGCGGGUCUGGGGCGACGUAGACAAUAUUCUGAGAUAUCACAACUAUGGCGGCGUUUUCCCGGUCCUCUUCAAUCUUGGAGAAUACGCAGAGGGCUUCGUCGGACCCAGGGGAACCGAAUCCGAAUUUGUGGGCGGUGUAGUUGCCAGCGGGCGCAUGGCGUGCUGA